GAUCCAUUACCUGAUUGGUCAAGGCCAGGUUUAGUAGGCACUUUAAGGACAUAAACUAGGAAGUGCAGCGUUUUUAUGGCGUCGACAAAGAAUUCAAAUGAAGAAGCACUCCAGUCAACAAGAUGAAGAGCAAACCUGGGAAAAAGCAACACAACCAAACUAAGAUGUCUAAACAACAUCGAGACCCCAUCAAAACAGUGUGUGGAAGACAGUCAGAUGAUGUUGACUGCAAUAGAGAAGAACCAGACAUUAGUCAAGCACCCUACAUUACUAAAGGAGUUUGUAUCAGCUCCAUCCAAAUCAAAGAGGAACCAACAGACUUUGAACAGCAGGGAAUGGGAGAGGAACAAAACCGUUCAGUUCCUUCCUUCCAGAAGAAGCACAUCAAACAUCAAAAUACAUCCAAUCCAAUGACCGGGUGUAGCCAGAUAUCAAGGAGUCCUAUGGUGAUGCUAACAAGAUUGUCUAAUGUGGUGGUUAAGACUCUUCUGCGAGACACUAAAGUGUGUUUGGUGAAGGAGGAAAACCCAGACGAGACAGAUGGAGUAUCUACUUCUCAGUUCUUUCCUUGUCCACACUGCACCAUUUCCUUCACUGACUGUUACUUCCUGGAGAAUCACAUCAAGACCAAACACCCGAAGCAGUACCUGGCCAUGCUGAAAGGCCACGUCUCAAAGAGUAAAACCGUGUAUGCCCCCACACACAGCUGUCCCCACUGUAGCUGCAUGUUCCAUACCCCACGGCAGCUACACGUCCACACCCGUCAGGCCCACCCCUCUCCCUCUCUGAGAAAACUCCACCCCUGCCCCUAUUGUGCCCGCAGCUUCCAGUACAUAGCCAGACUGCAUACUCACUGCAAGGUUUGGCACAAAAUGUCUGUCGCUUUCACCGAUGGGUACCUCAGUUGCGCUGACUGUGGAAAGAGCUUCAAGAAUUGCUGGGGACUGGGGCCUCACCAGUGUCACAAGCCUGAGGACACUAAGCUUGAGAAUGGCCCUGUCUGUCUGAACAUUGGCAUGCCAUGCUCAGAGUGUGGCAAAAGCUACUCUAGUCCUCGGAAUCUGCGCAUUCACAUGCGCACACACACCGGCGAGAAGCCCUACGUCUGUAAGGAGUGUGGCAAGAGCUUCUCAGAAGCCAGCAGUCAUUGCAAACACAUGAUGAUACACUCGGGGGUCAAGCCAUUCAAAUGCCAGGAUUGUGGAAAGGAUUUUGCCAGGAUGGGGCGCCUCCGAGUUCACAUGACUAUUCACUCUGGCGAGAAGUCUUUCUCCUGCUCCAAAUGUGACAAGCGGUUUGCAUACAAGGACUGUCUGAAUCUUCACCUGCGCACACACUCAGGGGAGAGACCUUUCAAGUGUACUGUGUGUGGUAAAGACUUUGCUUACAGAAAUUAUCUGAAGUUGCAUCUGAAGAUCCACAACAAUGAAAGGAACUACCAUUGUGGGGUUUGUGGGCUGAAGUUCAUAAACAGUGCAGCAUUGAAAACCCACCAGCGCACACACACUGGGGAGAGGCCUUUCCAUUGCACAGUGUGUGACAAGACAUUUUUCCGACAUGAACACCUGAAGAACCACCAGCGCACUCACACAGGUGAGAAACCAUACACCUGUACCGAGUGCGGUAAAAGCUUCACUCAGUCUGGAGAUCUGACCAAACACAAGCGCAUCCACACUGGGGAGAGGCCAUUUGAAUGUUCUGAAUGCCACCGACGGUUUAUCUGUUCUGCUGAUCUGACCAGACACAUGAGGAUCCACAAUAACUCACGGCCAUAUCCCUGCCAAGAGUGUGACAAGAGAUUCCGCUUGGCCAACCACCUUAAAAUUCACAUGAGGACCCACACUGGGGAGAGACCAUACUCCUGCCCCCGUUGCCAUCGCACCUUCACUCGCACCCACCACCUCUCUGGUCACCUGCCUAGAUGUCACUGAAUGAUGAAAUUAGAAUGUAUAUAAAUAGUAUUUUACUCUUGUUGUAGUGAUUCAAUAAGGGAACAGUGAUGUACAGAAGAUGGUUUUGUGCCUGACUCUGUUGUGGUAAUGCCAAUAAAGGCCUCUAUAGUCUGUGAGAGAUGGCACGCCUGUUAUGUA